UUAAUGAAUAUAGAUUAAUGUUAAGACCAGAUGAAAAAACUUAAAAUAAAAUUUACAAUUAUAUGUAAGUAUACAGAAAUAAAAUAAUAGGAAAUCAAUACGAUAAUAAAUAAAAACCUAGAAAAGAAGAGAAAUUCUUAAAUAAUAAUGAAAUAACAAUUAUCGAAAAUAAUUAUUAAGAUUUAGGUUUUGGCGAAUUAUGUAUGACUUUCAUAAAUCCUGAUUCUUUAGAAAUUGGUUCAAAAAAAUAAAAACCUGAAUGUAUAACAUAUUAAAAGGCAGAGUAGGAUUAUGAUUAAUUUUUAAAUUUAGUUAACAUUAAUAUUCCAUAAAGCGAAAGAAUUUUACAAAAAAAAGCUUUUAUGUUAUCUUUUUUAUUACUUUAAGAUUAUGAAGAAAAAGAUGAACAAAAUCGUAAAAUAACAACGUAUAAAGACUUAUAAAAUCCAAUAUAAACAGAAAAUGAGUAAUAAUUUAAAUUGAACUCCCCAGAUGGUAACCAAUAAAUAGUUAAUAUAGAACAAAAGUAAACAAAAUCACCUAUAUAAUAGUAGUAGGUUUAAUAAGAAGAUAAAUAAUAAAAAAUAAAAUAAAAAAAAGAUAUUAAUUAUAUUUUAAAACUUAUAAAAAAAAUCUAAUAUUUAGAAAAUAAAGAAUCACCAUAAAUAGGAAAUACUUAUUAACCAUAAAAUAUGACGUAAGCUAUUUAACCAGAUAACUAAAAUAAAGCAAAAUAAGAUGAUACAAAAAAACCUUAAUUAACUCCAUAUAAAGUAACACAAAAAAAUAAUUAAGCAGAUGAGCAAAAGAAAUUAAAUGAUAAAUAAAAUUAAAAAAAAACUUUAAAAGAUAUAAAAUAAUAAGAUAUUAAUGUUUAAUAUUUGAAAUCAGAAAAAAAAAUCAAAAAGCUAAUACAUUUCAUUACAGACAUAGAUGCUUAAGAAUUUAAUUAAAUUAAAAAAAAAAAAAAUUUUGGUGGAUUUUUAAUAAAAAGAAAUUAUGACAAAGAUGACUACGAUUGGUAUUGUACAAAUAAAUAUCCAAAUGAUUAUUUAACAUUGCUUAGAUUUGCAAUUCAGCUUAAGUUAACUUUAAAUGGAAUGCUUUUUACUAGAACUUUUUUAAAAAAAACAGGAGAUAAACUAAUUUUAACAAUUAAAUCUUCGGAAGAAAUUAUUGCUUAAACUGCAAGUAAAUAUAAACUUUAUAAAUAAAUAGAAUUAGGAUAUGCUGAUUUGCUUUCAUUAGAACCAUGUGAUGAUAAAUAUAGGCCUUUAAGGUUAAAAAAUUAAAUAAAGAGUGCAAUAAUUCUAUUUAAAAAGAAAAUGAAAAACUAAGCAGCUCAAUAAUAAUAGUAACAAGAGAAAAAUACAAAUAAUAAUUUAUCAAUAGAAUAAUAAUCAAUAAGAAAACUAAAAGAAUACAUUAACUUGGAAAACGAUAAAUUUUGGGAAAUUUUAGCAUAAAAAUAAUUAUUGUAUAAUAAAAAAAUUGAUUAAAUUUGUUAAAAUUUAAGAAUAGAAAAACCUAAUCAUAGUAUAGAAAUUAUGGAUGAUAAUGCAGAAAAUUCUAGAGAUUAAAAGGAUAUUUGGUUAGCUUAUUGUUUGUAUUUAGAUUAUAUGCUUUAUUAUAUUAAUAAAAUGUAAAUUUUAUAAAAGUUCAAAAAAUCAAAAAUAAUAUCAAUAAUAGUGAUAUAUAUAUUAUUUAAAAAGUUAAUUUUUAGAAAAGCAUUAGGAGAAACAAAUAAUUAUUUUCAUAUUGUAAAAGGGAUUUUUUCAACAAAAAAGAAAUUAAAAAAUAUAUGGGAUUAUUUAAAUGUUAAUAUCCCAAUGACACCUUACGCUUAAUAUUUUUAAUCUUAAAAUAAGUAUUUUGAGUUGGCUUGGAGAAAAUAUGAAGUAAAUGAAGUAAAGGCAAGGUCAUAAUUUAUGAACAUGGAAAAAAUUAAGAUUUGUAAUAUUAUAGUUUAAAAUAAUAUCUUUCUAUUAAAAUUAAAAAUUGAUAAAUAUAUUUGUGAUUAUUUCCCUAUUCAUGAACCCCAUUAAUUACUUGGGGAAGAAAAAAUGGUUUAUUUUCGUCCUUUAAUAGAUGCAUAAUACCUUUAAAAUCCUUAGCUUACGGAAACAUAAGAAAAAAUUAGAAAAUUAUUUCUUAUUGUAGAAAAAUAUUCAGAAGGUAGCGAUUUUGAUAGUGAAAGCUUAGUUAAAGAAAAUUCUUUUGAUUUAUUUCAACCUUGGAAUUUAAAUAUAGAUAGUAUACGUGACUAUUUUGGUGAAAAAAUUGCUAUUUAUUUCCUUUUUUUAUAAUAUUACACAAAGAAAUUAGCGCUUAUAAGCCUAAUUUCUAUUAUAGUCUAAAUAAUAUAAUAAGAACAUGAAUCAUUAUAAGUAGUAGCAGGAUUUAGGAUAUUCUUUUCAAUGUUGAUUAUGUUUUGGUAGGUAUUAUUUAUGUAAAAUUGGAAAAAAUAAUAAGUAAUUUUCUCUAUUAUGUACGGUUAAGAAAAGCUUUAAGAAUAAGAAGUAGAAAGACCAUAAUUUAAAGGAUAAUAUAGGCGUUCUACUUAAAACGAUAAUAUAAAUUUUAUUUUUUACCCUAGUUGGAAGAGGUAGUUUUUAUUUUCCCUAUCUAUUUUAGUGAGUAUAAUUAUUGUUUCUAUUGUUGUAGGUAUUAUCAUUGGUUUGUUUAUUUUAAGAGGAAUUCUUAUUAAUAAUAAUAUUUUAACUAAAAUUCCUAUUAUUAACCCGCCAGGAUUAAUUGGAAUUAUUAACUCAAUAUAAAUCUUAAUAUUUAAUUAUAUAUAUGUUUUAUUUAAUAAAUGGAUGACAUAGAAAGAAAAUCAUUAGUUAGCUUAAACAUUUGAAAAUUCUUUUAUUGUAAAAAUAUUUUUGUUUACUUUUUGUAAUACUUUUGCUUCAGUCUUUAUGAUUAGUUUCUUUGAUUAAAUAUUAGCAAUUACAAAAGAAGAAGAAACUUUUGUAUAAUAAGCGGAUGGAGAAUUUCAAACUGAACGCACAAAAUAUGAUUUACUAGAAUUAUGUAGAACAAAUAAAGAUUAAUAACCUGAAGAAUUUGAUUGUUUUGAAUCGCUUGGAUAUUAAAUAUAAUCGAUAUUUUUAAUUAAUUUAAUAAAAAAUAUACCUGAAUUACUUGUACCUUUAAUAAAAUAAUUAAUUACUAAAAAUUUAAGUAAUGAAGAUGAAACCCUUAUUUUACACCCUUUUAACUAAAUAGACUCCUAUAUAGAUGCAUAAUUAAAUUUAGAAUAAUAUAUGACUAAUGAUGACAUUGACGGAACUUUAGGUGAUUACAUGGAACUUGUUAUUUAAUUUGCUUUUCUUGUAUUAUUUGGAGUAGCUUUUCCUAUUUCAUUUAUGUUAGCUUUUAUUAAUAAUGUUUUAGAGAUUUAGGUUGAUAAAAUAAAAUUGAUAUAUUUCGUUCGAAGACCAUUUCCGACAAAUGCAUGUGAUAUAGGCCCUUGGGUGAAGAUUUUGGAAAUUAUAUCUUUUCUUUCAAUUUUUACAAAUAUAGUCGAUAUUUAAAAUACAUAAAAUAUGGAAUUACUUCAAUAAAAAUAGCAGAUAGCAUUCUUUACAUUAUUAGUUAUCUUUUUAUUCUUUAAAUAUAUAGUAACUAUCCUUGUAAAAGAUGUUCCCGAAAUAUCUAAUAUUAUUAAAAAAAGGCAUAAACAUAUUAUUAAUAAUUGCCUUCAUGGUGUAGAAGAUGAAGUUGCUAAAUGUACUUAUUCAAAUUAAGCUAGUCAAAUAAUUUAAGGAGUUGAUUAUGAGAAUUAUAAUAACAAAUUAUAAAAAGAUUAAAAUUAUAUUAAAUAAAAAGAAGAAUUAAAGUUUUUAAUAUAAAAAUAACAUAAUGAAAAAGAUAAGCUUUUGAUGAAAAUAAUAUUCAAAAACUAAAACGAAUUAUAAAAGACAUUAAAUUAAAAAAAAACAUAAUGA